GAACCUGCCUCCCAGGCACCUCAGGCGCCAUGGACUCCCCAGGGUACAACUGCUUUGUGGACAGGAACAAGAUGGACGCGUCCAUCCAGGACCUGGGGCCAAAGGAACUGAACUGCACUGAGCUUCAGGAAUUGAAGCAACUGGCACGCCAGGGCUACUGGGCUCAGAGCCACGCCCUGCGAGGGAAAGUGUACCAGCGCCUGAUCCGGGACAUCCCCUGCCGCACGGUCACACCUGAUGCCAGUGUGUACAGCGACAUCGUGGGCAAGAUUGUGGGCAAGCACAGCAGCAGUAGCCUGCCCUUGCCCGAGUUUGUGGACAACACUCAGGUGCCCACCUACUGCCUGAACACGCGGGGUGAGGGGGCUGUGCGCAAGAUUCUGCUGUGUAUCGCCAAUCAGUUCCCCGACAUCUCCUUCUGCCCUGCCCUGCCGGCCGUGGUGGCCCUGCUGCUGCACUACAGCAUCGACGAGGCUGAGUGCUUCGAAAAGGCUUGCCGCAUCCUGGCCUGCAACGACCCCAGCAAGAAGCUCAUUGACCAGAGCUUCCUGGCCUUCGAGUCCUCCUGCAUGACGUUUGGGGACCUGGUGAACAAGUACUGCCAGGCGGCCCACAAACUGAUGGUAGCUGUGUCAGAGGAUGUCCUGCAGGUCUACUCUGACUGGCAGCGGUGGCUGUUUGGGGAGCUGCCCCUCAACUACUUUGCCCGUGUCUUUGAUGUCUUCCUUGUAGAAGGCUACAAGGUAUUAUAUCGAGUCGCUCUGGCCAUCCUCAAGUUCUUCCACAAGGUGAGAGCAGGCCAGCCCCUCGAAUCAGACAACGUAAAGCAAGACAUCCGCGUGUUUGUCAAGGACAUUGCCAAGACGGUGUCCCCUGAGAAGCUACUGGAGAAGGCCUUUGCCAUCCGCCUGUUUUCCCGCAAGGAGAUCCAGCUCUUGCAAAUGGCCAAUGAGAAAGCACUAAAGCAAAAGGGCAUUACUGUCAAGCAGAAGAGUGUCUCACUUUCUAAAAGGCAGUUUGUGCACUUGGCUGUUCAUGCAGAAAACUUCCGCUCAGAGAUUGUCAGCGUGAAGGAGAUGAGAGACAUUUGGUCCUGGAUCCCUGAGCGUUUUGCCCUCUGCCAACCUCUCCUGCUCUUCUCCUCUCUGCAGCAUGGGUACAGCUUAACCAGGUUCUAUUUCCAAUGUGAAGGACACGAGCCCACCCUCCUGCUCAUCAAGACCACGCAAAAGGAGGUUUGUGGCGCUUACCUGUCGACAGAUUGGAGCGAAAGAAAUAAGUUUGGAGGCAAACUGGGCUUCUUUGGAACCGGAGAAUGCUUUGUUUUUAGGCUGCAGCCAGAGGUGCAGCGUUACGAGUGGGUGGUCAUCAAGCACCCAGAGUUGACCAGGCCGACAUCCUUCAAGUCCUCAGAGACUGCAGCUGCUCCUUCCCUCCUCAGCCACUCUGUCUCUUCAGACCCUGCUGAUCGGCUGUCUCCUUUCCUGGCUGCCCGGCACUUCAACCUGCCCUCCAAGACGGAGUCCAUGUUCAUGGCUGGGGGCAACGACUGCCUCAUCAUUGGGGGAGGAGGUGGCCAAGCACUCUACAUCGACGGGGACCUGAACCGAGGCCGCACUGGACACUGCGACACUUUCAACAACCAGCCCCUCUGCUCUGAGAACUUCCUUAUCUCUGCUGUGGAGGCUUGGGGCUUCCAAGACCCUGACACCCAGUGAUGGGUCUGCGCUGGUAGUGACUGAGCCUCGUUGUGGGGUGACGGGGUGGAGGCCAAGCUACCUCUUGAGGGAGCAGGGCAUGAGUGAAACAACAUCCCUAUGAAGCAGGCAGGCUUGCUGUGCAGUGGGGACGUCCUGCUUGGACUUGUUAGGCUAGGACCCCUGCACCCUACUGUUUCUGAGCUCAAGGGGCUAUUAUGCCCCCAGCCCUGUCCAGUGUCUGCCCUCACCCAGGGUCCUGGGUUGCAUGGAGGUGUCCCAAGGUACUUGGGAGGAGUACCCAAGAUUGCCAGGGCUACAUUGCUCUGCCUCUGGCCCUCAGCCCCUGUAGGGAAAGGACAAAUGAAUCUUGCCAAAUGUGGGUCUCUGGUGCCCCCUGCUGGUCCUCUGACCCCCUGCGCUCCCCUGAGCUAUGUUUGCUGCUGCAGGACAGGAUAGGGGAGGGCAGGAUGUGUGCAGAGCUCUGCGGCCCCUCCUGUCCUAGAAGGGACAAACUCGGGAAAGCUGUCUUGUCUUUGUGUUUCUGCAGAGCCUGCAGCUCUUGCUGCACCUCACUGCAAGUCCACACCUGAAGGUGGCCUCUGGAGAGACUUUCCUUGACCAGCGUGGCCAGUCAGCUCCAUUUCCAGGGUUCCCAGAGCUGACUGGACUCUGAGGCUUUUUGCCCACCUUCUGUCCAUCCUUGUAGCCUCCUUGGAAUCCUGUAGUCUUGGUGACUCUGUUCCUUUCCUCGUCGCUGUAAUGACUGAAGCCCAGGAUCACCCGAAUCCUAGCAUGGCAUGCUUGUCUCAGUCCAGCCUUCUGCCUGCCCAGGCCUGUGGUUCCUUAGACCUGUUCAUACAACAUCUGAUAAAGCAGUGUGACUUCUGAUCUCUGCCGUCACUAUGGCUAGCCACAUGUCAUGUUUUCUGUGUGCUACCCUUCUCCCGUUAUGGCCUUCCAGUCCCUGGAUGUCUGUACUUCUUGAGCCCUGUACUGACCUGGCACCACAGAUGCCAAGGAAAGUGCUGCCUCUGAGGACUGUAGCAAGCUCCAUUUCCCCGUGACCUCCCGCCCACCCUGUGACCUCCCUCAGCUGGUCCUGAGGGUCUAGGCUCCACAGAGGAAGAGAGAAGAAGUAACCCAAAUGGCUGGCUGGGGCCGCAGAAGUCUGGAUCAUAAGAACAGUUGCCUGGUUCCCACAUGACUGCGUCUGGCAUGCCUGGGUCAGCAUGUAUCACACCCGUGCUUGCCUCCACACUGAUAUCACACUUGCUGUGAGAGUUUCAUCCGCCCCUGCCCCAUCUAGUCAUAUCAGCUCUCAGCACGGCCACAGUGGCACAAGAGGCAGGGCAGGGAGGAGUUCCCUGAAAUUUUGGGCCACCUGGUAAACCCACAUAGAACUUGGACUCUGUGCAGUGAACAGUUCUCCUGACAUGCUGGCCUCUACGACACAGGUCAACCUGACUCUAGAGGGAAGGAGUCCUGGGAGGAGCUGUUGCUGCUCGCUCUGCAAAGUGGUAGCCCGUGCCGCCAUUCCUCUGAGCCUGCUGUCCUUGACCUGCACCUCCAACUUCAGUGUUCCUUUAAGGCCAUCUUGAUUUUUGUGAUUGUUGUUUCUGGCAAGUUCUUACUAGGUAGCCUAUUUGGUCUGGAACUCACUAUGUAGCCCAGGCUACCCUGGAAAUGGCUAUGUAGCCUACGUUGGCCUCAAAAUCAUGACCUGCCUCAGCCUCCUAAGUGUCAGGUUCGUAGGCAUUAAGCCCUUUCCUGUUGCAUUAACUCCUCGACGUUGAGCUUGGUCUCCAGCCAGAAGGCCCUAGGACAUUCCUAGGCUGUGCCAUCAUGAUGCUCACCCAUGCAUUGCUACUGGGACUCAGAAGACUUUCAGAAGCAGGUUAAGUUAACUGAGCAGUGUGUGCAGGGCCCUGUAAGAUUCCUGACUGGGUAGUAGAUUCUUGUUUUGUGUGGCCCCACUGGCCUUGCUGGGGUCCAGUGCAAGAAGACUGGUCAGUGCUUAGUCACAAUUGCAUCAUAAGCAAAGUUCUUAGCUUUUACCCACAACAUUCUCAGUUUUUUAAAUUUAAUAUCUCCUUUUUCCUGACAUUUCUGCCAAAAGAUGUGUCAUUUUCUUUGUAUUUUUAUUCUUAUCACUCUUUAUCUGAUGCUAAGUGUUUCCACUUAGUAUUUAAUAAUGUUUUCUAUUAUUUAUUAGCUUUUGAUGUAAAAAAAAAAAGCUAGAGUUUGAUGGCAUUGAAUAAGGAGUUUUAUCAUCACUUAAACAUUUGUUUUUAAAACAAAUAUUGAACUUAAUAUAAACUAGUUCAUUAAAGUAAUUUUGUUACUGUAAACCACGUGCCUUUGGGGCCUCAGAAAAUCAGUCUGUACUCUGAUUAUGACAAGAGCCAGUUUCAUGCAGCUCAGACUAGCCGUAGACGAAGCUUUCCCUGAACUCGUCCGUGUGCUUCUGCACCCCAUAUAAUUGGCUCACAGGUGUGUGCCACUAUGCUUGGUGACAACUCACUUUAAAAAUAUUUCAUGAGACAGCAGUGACUGUUCGCAUUUUAAGAAUUUCUCUUCUAGCCGGGCGGUGGUGGCGCACACCUUUAAUCCCAGCACUUGGGAGGCAGAGGCAGGUGGAUCUCUG